CUCCAUGGCACUUGGCUCAUGACCAGAAUUGGCCCAAGCAUGUUUACGACUAGUUGUAGUAUGGCGUUAUUCUUUCUGGCGUUCAAGUUCGCUUUUUUCUCCAUGACCCUGACCAUUUCUCAUGCUUGUUUCGGCCUAUUGCAUCUCUGGUUCAUGCAUCGAUUCGUGGCUUGGAGAAAUGCGCGUGUAUGAGGACAAGUUGACCUUCACAGCCGCCUGUCCCGUCGAGACCGCUGCCAGUCACUGCAAUCGGCCUAGAGCUGCGAGCAUAUCGAGUCCAGUCCCAAAAAAAUUAAUUUCCUCCAAUUUCUUAGCCGAUCGUAGGGGCUAAGGGUCAGUGACAAAAAGAUUGGCGGGUUAUUCUCUAAAAACACCUCUUGCAAAAACCACCAAAACUCAAGUUAUAGGAGUCUAAUAUCUUCCAAAUUCAAUAAGAGUACUAUAUAGACCUUUAAGAAUAACUAUGCCAGCUUAGAGACUCUGAAUCCUCUUAGAAGCUGAGACAGUUGGGUGUGAAGAGAGGCACGGGCAACCCCGCAGCCACCAGAAGCAACGCACCAGUCAACAUGAAGCCUCCUGUACCUAAUACUACUGCAGGUAGGGGUGAGCUUCGAAGGUGAACAUGGGAGGGACAGAUAGCCAGAGGAAGGGUGGUGGUAGUAAGAAUGUAGAACCACCAAAGCUUGAACAUGCGCAGUUGUUAGUACUGUACAAUAUGUUAAUUAAUAGUACUAUCCAGGCAGGAAGGAAUAAUUAGAAACCAGAACUUGAAUGCCGCCCCGAUGGCCGCGACUCAGUGCCGGGGACUGCCACCGGGAACGAUCAGCAGAUGCUUAAACAAGACCCUCAGCAGGCUUGGACGGUGCCUACCUGUCUAAUAACUUAUAAGGCAGGUGGGCAGUUAAGGGUCGCCUAGGACUAGUACAAUCGUGCACAUUAGAGCUGUCGCGGCUGCUGCCAGACUCGAACCCAGCAGCUGUCUGUCUUGCUCUGUCUCGCCUGUCUCCUCUUCCAGUUCGCCAUCAGCGGCGGCAGCGUGACUGGCAUCUCCACAGCGCCCGGGCACUGCAGCCAGCGACUUGCGCUUCUCAACGGCGUCGACACUCCAUACAACUCACACACCAAACCCACUCAAUUCCGCCAUUCCACACGCCCACAGUGCAACUCCCACAACUAACAACCGCGCACAAUCCCCCCAACUUCCUUCUUCCUUGCCCAUCGCUACUACUGUCUGAUCGUGCUACACCUGCUACAACGUGUUUCCAGAUCAGACGGUGUCAUCAAUCCUUCUCGGCCGCAGCAGAUUGUUUGGAUCGACCGUCUACGUCGGCUCUCAAUCAAGCGGUUGUACCGGGUUGUCUCUGCGCGACUCGCCUACUUCAAUCACACUCGCUCGGAAGCCUGGGACUCCUCCACACCACACCCUCCCCCAUUGCCGCCAUUCAUCUCCUGACGGCUCUCAAGUCUCAAGGCUGCCGCCAGUUUUGAACUCGAGAGUCGUCUGAAUAUCUGUACAAAUCUUCCACCAUGGCGUCGUCGAAGGAACAACCCAGUUCCCGUCCCAUGUCGGGCAGCUUUUCGAGACCUCCUGCAUCGUCUUCGAGACAGCAUUCCCAUUCAAUCUCCUUGGCGCCCUCCAACCCAAGCCAUCGGGUCAAUCGUCGUAAAAGCGUCAACGCCGCCGCGUCGUCCUCGACCGCCCAGGCUGCCAUCGUGGCCGCUCUUAGGGAACAAGGCAGCGCGUCGGUCAUGUCUCUACAAGGGCGUCGGCGAAGUAUGGGUGCGAGAAAGCUUACAGAAUCACAAUCAAUGAGUUCCCGGCCAAGCAUGCACUCCUACUUCAAUGGGCCCCCAAGUGCUGCCUCCGGGCAGGACAACGAUGCCCUCGAAGAUAACUCCAACGACGACGAUCUCCCCUCAUCCAAGAGACUGGGCAACAAAAAUCGGAACAGACGGGCAAGCGAGGGCUCAUACCUCAGCAAGGGCGAAGGUAAAAAGUCGGGCUCGGAACUGCGGUGUGACACUUGCGGGAAAGGUUACAAGCAUAGUAGCUGCCUCACCAAGCAUUUGUGGGAGCAUGACCCGGCUUGGGCCAUCACCUCCAAACUGCUCAUUUCCAAACAUCAGCAGGUGCAGCUUCUGGAAGCCGCAUCCGUUCUGUGUAACAUGACUGCGGAGAACAUGGCCACGGGUCAAUCCGAGACCGAAGCAUCCGGCAACGAUGCCAGUGAAGGUUCAUCUGCAUCUCCAGGGUUCUCCUCGUCCGAGUUGCAAGAUGAGCUUAGCUCGGUCGAAACCACGCCGCCUCCCAUGAGCGAAGCCGCCUAUCCCGUCCCGGAUUCGAAGCGAUUCAGCAUCAGUAGCAACAAUGGCUUUUCCCGUUCCUACCGAUCCAUUCCGUCCAGUUCAUAUGCUGAGAGCGUCAUGUCACCAGGAUUACCGCCCCAUAGGCUUUCUGGCGUGGACUUCCGCCCCAGCACAUCUGGCACGGAUGAUGGCACGCUGGCAGCUGCGGCAGCUGGCCUCACUUUCAACAGUGGCACCCCUCGCACCAAACCCACUUUUCUGGGCAUCGACGUGCCUCCUGUUCCACCCCUGCCACAACAGUACCAGUCCUUUAAUAGCAGGUCCUCUCAGAGUACGUUGACCACCGUGUAUAAUCCGGUAUUGCAGAUGCAGCCUCCUACCUUGACCCAAAACCUCUCGGACGAACGAAACUACCGCGAGAGCGACGAUACCAAGGAAAUGCAGAUGGAUGAUGAAGAGAUGUUCCGCAUGGAAGAAUAGGGUUACACCUACCGAAACAAGUGGACCGGUCUUCGGGUUUGACGGUCCAGUCCCUUAUGGAGACAUGGCUUCCUACACUCGUUUGGCAACACUUUUGGGGCGGCGUUGCACUUUUAUUGUAUCUACCCCUGGAUCACAAGGAAAACAGAAAACAGAAGCCUGUGUUGAUUGGCCACUCCAGCCAGCCGCAGCGGCAGGCCAACGCUUAGCACCGCCGAUGGCUCAACAGGUCGUCCAGCGUCGUCGCAGCUGGCACGUACGAGCAGGGUGUCUAUCUACCCCUCAGAAAGGUCAUUAGCACCAGGCGAACAUGGCCACAAUAUUCCAUUGGAAAUCACAGGGAAGCAAAAAAGAAAACAAACCUAUACAAGUUUCCGUGCUCCGCGGACAGAGCCUGAAAGCACCGAGGAGUUGACUCAUUUGCAUUUUGAAGUCGACGAGGUUAAAGCGAGUGGGCAUGUCCGGAUCUUGCGUUGAGCGAGCAAGAUGCACUUCACAUUAUCUUAAGUGUUCUAGUUCUGAAUGAUGGGACGGACAAUUCAUGACUGACGGGUCCAUCUGGUUUCACCCGGCCAUAAGGCAGCGCCCACUGUAAGGAAUUUAUACUGGUUCUUCAUCAUGGAUCGACCGCCAGCUAAACCGCUUGCGAAGUUGGCCAUUCUAUUCAUGCGCCAACAUUUCAACGCUUUGAACUUUGUUUUGUGUUUCUUAUCGCUGGCAUCCCCGCGCCGCCGAAUGUUUUGUGAUCGUCUUAAACUCCCCCGCCAUUCCGAUCGACAGGAAUGUCCUGUGUACUAGUUGAGGGAUUGACGAUGAUGCUAAGUUAGCCUGUCUCCGCGAGCUCCGCUUCCGCUUCACUUGCGGCGCGCCGAUCAGGGGAUGAUUGUUCCGAAGCGUGGUGGUGGUAAUUACUGUCCAUGCAUAUGUCAGGCUGGGGUGGGAUUAAACCUACCUUGGACAGGAGAUGAAGACCGUGCUUCCGAUGUUGACUUGCAAUAAUGGUGAUGAUCGCCAUCCCAUCCUACCAGGUACAGUAUGUCUGGUCAAUGCUACUACACCCGCGAACCGUGGUCUCUCGUGAUGGGCAUGUACAGUACCUAGUAGGUAAGCUGCCAUUCGCGUUUGAUAUGUCCAUCUACACUGAUGCCACAUCUUGAAAUGGGAAGGAUAAGUUUGUAUACUGCGGAGGAAUACUAGUAUCCCAGUGUAUGUCUGUAUCCCUUUCUUUUCUGUACAAUAUUCCUUGCUUAAAUCGAUCGCCUUGCGUUGUAUAUCCUUAGUUUCUUAGGUAGGUAUCGAUGUAGAUACCUGUAUGCCUGAGACAAUGUACCUGAUGGUGCCUC